CUCGUUCUGGAUUCUGGGAAAGGAAGAGUCGCGCGCGCACUGACAAGCGAUUAAUUAAGAGACCGCGGUGAGGAGUGCAAUGGGACCAUCGCUGCUCUCCAGCUGGAGUCUGCACCAGAGUCGAGACUGAACCACCGGGGUCGUGCCGCCCCCGUCCUCCCCCCCCUCCCCCCCAGCCCCGCCGCAUCAGCAUGGGGGACGGCCUGGAUGCGGUGCAGAUGUCGGGAGGAAGCAGCAGCCAGGGGCCCCCUGCGGCCCCACCCAACGACACCUUCAAUCCCCUGGUCCCCGGGAGCCCAGUCCUCGCCCGGCCCAAACGGCAGACCAAUCAGCUGCAGUACCUGCUGAAGGUGGUCCACAAGACGCUGUGGAGGCACCAUUUCGCCUGGCCCUUCCAGCAACCUGUCGAUACCGUCAAGCUCAACCUGCCUGACUAUUUCAAGAUCAUUAAAACUCCAAUGGACAUGGGAACAAUCAAGAGGCGACUGGAGAGCAGCUACUACUGGAGCGCACAGGAAUGCAUUCAAGACUUUAACACCAUGUUCACCAACUGCUACAUCUAUAACAAGCCCGGAGAUGACAUCGUGCUCAUGGCAGAGGCUCUGGAGAAGAUGUUCCUGCAGAAGAUUUCUGAGAUGCCCCAGGAGGAGACUGAGAUCACCAGCAUGGCUGGGAAGGGCCGUGGACGUGGCCGCAGAGACCGAGCGCCUGUCCCACUCUCAGGCCAGAACUUGAAACCAGGCUUGGAUUCUCCGUCCACGAUGGCCCACCCACACGGCCUCUCCACCCCGACUCUGGGGCCACAGAUACGGGGCCCCUUGCAGGGCCCUCCUCCUCCUCCUCCACCACCACCCAACCCCCGCUUACCUCCUGCACUGACCACCCACAUCCCCCCACCCCGCCCUCCUUACAGCCUGGGCCCCGCUGACCACAUAACACAGGGCCCCGUCCUGACCUCAGUGCCCCCUCCACCCACACUCGCCACCCUGCCCCACCCCCACGUACCCAUCCCGCAGAACGCUGCCCCCCUGCCCAAACAGAAAAAGAGCCAGAAGAGAAAAGCAGACACGACUACGCCCACAGCUAACGACCAGCUGAGCGAGUCCCCGCCCGUGGCCUCUGAGGUGAAGACUCUGCCGCGCCGCGAGGCCACCCGCCCGACCAAGCAGCCCAAGAAGGAGGCGCCGGACUCCCAGCACCACCUAGGGCUGGGCAUGUUGGGCGGGGGCGGGGGUGGGGGCGGGGGCGGGGGCGGGGGCGGCGGGGCGGGGGCGCACAGCCCAAAGCGGCAGGAGCAGCUGCGGCACUGCGCUGGAAUCGUGAAGGAGCUGCUGGGUAAGAAGCACGAAAGCUACGCCUGGCCCUUCUACAAGCCCGUCGACGCCAAGGCCCUCGGGCUCCAUGACUACCACGACAUCAUCAAGCACCCCAUGGAUCUGAGCACCGUCAAGGCUAAGCUGGAGAGCAGGCAGUACACAGAGCCGCAGGAGAUCGCUGCAGACAUACGCUUAAUGUUCUCCAACUGCUACAAGUACAAUCCCCCUGACCACGAUGUGGUGGCCAUGGCACGCAAAUUACAGGAUGUGUUUGAAAUGCGUUUUGCCAAGAUGCCCGAUGAGUCUGAGGAGGCAGCACGGCCAGCCCCCUCUCCUGCUCUCAUCCCUGCUCCUGUGAAGAUGCAGCCAGCCCCUGCCCUCCCCUCCUCCUCUGACAGCUCCAGCGACUCUUCCUCCGAGUCGGAGUCGUCCACUGAUGAUUCGGAGGAGGAGAGGGCCCAGAGACUGGCAGAGCUGCAGGAACAGCUGAAGGCGGUACACGAGCAGCUGGCUGCGCUGUCCCAGCCGCAGACCAGCCGACCAAAGAAGAAGGAGAAGGAGAAGGAGAAGGAAAAGAAGGAGAAGGAGAAGGAGAAGGAAAAGAAGGAGAAGAAACAGAGAAAGAAGGCCGGGGGCGCUGCCCCGCCCGCGGUGCUGGAGCCGCUCCUCGAGCCCCCGCUGCAACCCCUCAGGAAGAACAAGAGCGCCAAGGAGGUGCCGCCCAAGAAGACCAAGCCAAACAGCAGGAAGGAGUGGCUAAAGAACAGCCGCCCGGUGGCCCCCGUCAUCGUGGCCCAGCCCACCAUGGCCCCCGUGAGCGCUCUGGACUCAGAGGAGGAUUUGGCCUCGGCUGUGGGCGUGGCCGCGGGCGGGGCCGCGGGGGACAAGAGUAAGCCCAUGUCCUACGAGGAGAAGCGGCAGCUGAGUCUGGACAUCAACAAGCUGCCAGGGGAUAAGCUGGGCCGCGUGGUGCACAUCAUCCAAUCACGCGAGCCCUCGCUCAAGAACUCCAACCCCGACGAGAUCGAGAUCGACUUCGAGACGCUGAAACCGUCCACGCUGCGCGAGCUGGAGAGAUACGUCUCGUCCUGUCUGCGCAAGAAGAAGAAACCCGCGGCAGCAGAGAAGGUGAUGGAGACGGUGAGCGUGACGAAGGUGAAGCCGGGCUCUUCGUCAGACUCUGGCAGCAGCAGCGCGUCCAGCUCCUCUGACAGUGAGGACUUUGGGACAGGGCUGCGUCAGAAACAGAAGAAGAAGUCCGGCACAGGGAAGGAGAGGAAGAAGCCGCUCCACCAGGCCCCUCAGCCCCCGGCGCCCCCUCUGCCCCAGCUCCCGAUGGUUCAGCCCACGCUACAGCUGAAGCAGCACCCCUCCCCUCCAGCGUAUGUGGCUCCUCCCCUGGCACUGCAGCCCUCCCAGCUGCUAGGGGGCGCUCUGGACCCCCUCCCGCACUUCAGCCAGCCGGUCAUGCACCUGUCCCAGCAGCACAGCGAGCCCGCUCCGCCCCCACCGUCCCAUCUCGACGCCCACCCCCCUGCCGGCGCGGUCGAAACGCACCCCUUCCUCAACCAGCACGCCACGCUCCCCACCCCAGCUCUACACAACGCCCUGCCGCAGCAGCCGUCCCGCCCCAGCCACCGAGCAGCACCUCUACCUCUGAAAGUGGUGCAGCAGCAGCCCCCCGACCAGCAGCCUCCACUGCACCUGCCUGCCCCCGUACCGCCUCCACAGCCUGUCCCCCAACCCCUGCUCUCGCGGCCACUGUCCCCGCCUACCCUGCUGUCCCGCGCCCUAUCCCCGCCCUCCUUGUUGUCACGCGCUCUGUCCCCGCCCACUCUGAUGUCAAGGGCUCUGUCCCCGCCCUCCUUGUUGUCGCGCGCUCUGUCCCCGCCCACUCUGAUGUCACGGGCUCUGUCCCCGCCCACUCUGAUGUCACGGGCUCUGUCCCCGCCCACGCUGCUGUCGUCCCAGCCCCCGCAGGCCCUGCUGGAGGACGAUGAGGAGCCGGCGGGGACGCCUAUGAGCCAGGUGCACCUGUACAUGCAGCAGCACCUGCAGGGCCGCCCGGCGCCCCCGGCCCCCGUUCUGACCCCCCAGGCCCCGCCGCCCCCCCAGGGCUCCGGCCAGCCGGCGCAGACGCAGCAGCACAAGGCCAGCGUUCUGCACGGCCCCCAGCAGCAGCACAAGCCCCACCCGUACGGCUCAGGACACACAAGGGAAAGUCCCUCUCCCCAGUUGUCCCAGUACCAGCCCACUGGCCGCCAGACCCCCCCACACAACCUACAGCUGCCCAGAAAACCUGAGCACCGGGCACCCCAAUCACAUGGGGGGAUAAAGGAAGAGAAACUACCAGUAAUCCAGGGGGACCCUUUCAGCCCUUCACUACGACAAGAACCCCAAAAACACCUCGACAACAAGUCCACCCAGCCAGCCCCUGGCCUGCAGAGGUUGGACUUAAAGCCCCUUGAGAGUUUGCGGCCUGUGAGUCGUUCCUCCGAGUCCAGCAUCCCGCACCAACCGGCGCCAGACAAGGAGAAGUUCAAGCAGGAGCCCAAGACGCCCGGUGCCUCCAAAAAGGUACAGGACGUAAAGCUGAAGAACAUGGGUCCGUGGGCCAGCCUGGCACAGAGGUCCUCGUCCGCACCCUCCUCCACAGUCAAGUCGUCGAGCGACAGCUUUGAGCAGUUCCGCCGGGCCGCGCGGGAGAAGGAGGAGCGUGAGAAGGCCCUGAAGGCGCAGGCCGAGCUGGCCGAGAAAGAGCGACUGCGCAGAGACCAGGAGAAACUGCGGACUCGGGAGGAGGAGGAGGUGGUGGAGCAGCCCCGCCGGCCGCUGCUGGAGGAGCCACGCAGACGCGCGGAGCAGCAGCACACGCAGACGCAGCCCCCGCAGACGCCCGCAGCCUCGACCACGCCUCCCCUGCAGGCCCCGGCCCCGGCCCCAGCCACACCCCCUCCAUCGUCCUCCCAGAAUGCACUGGACCAGCAGAGGGAGCUGGCGCGGCGCAGGGAGCAGGAGAGGAGGAGGAGAGAGGCGAUGGCGGCCACCAUCGACAUGAAUUUCCAAAGCGACUUGAUGGCAAUUUUCGAAGAGAACUUGUUCUGAAACGCAAGAGAAGGCGGACUAGAUAUGCGAAAGAAAGGAGCGAGAAACCCAUUCUGGAGUGACAUGGCAACAUAGCGCUCCUCAGGGACGGAGCAGGAGGGGGGCGGGGGGGCACGGACCUGGGGAGACACCCGCGACGUCCGGUCCCAGGCGUGGGCGGCGGAGAGAAGCUGGACUUGGCCCCCCCUGUUGGAUCGCCCCCUCGUGUGCGUACGUGCGUGUCGUGUGCUCUGACCUGCCUCUGCUACAGCACA